AUGCUCCUACGUCUCCUGGCCUUUGGACUGGGCUUCAGUGCCUCGGUUCAAGCUUCUUUCAGAAUUUAUGACAACUACGAGAGUAACUUGAUUCGAGAUGCAUUCGGUCUAUCGGAUCAAUGUCUAGAAGCCUUACUACUGGUAGCAACGCAGCUGGAGGACCAGACAGCUUGUACAGACUGGACUCAACAGAACAUCACUACUCUAUGCACCAAAGGGUGCGGGGCCUCACUUAGCUCAUGGAAUUUGGCAGUCGAGGCAAAUUGCAAUGGAGAGUCAGUAUACAGCAAUGGCAGGUACAUGCUUGCACAAUCGAUCCCAGCUUUGUGGCUCGAUGGCCAUGACCUAGUCUGCUUGCAGGAUAGAUGGUCACCAGAUGCGUGCUAUAACCCGGACACAUCUGCCAUCCCCACCGAAUGCUCAGAUCCAGACUGGUUACGCACAGAUAUUUCAGAGACUAUGAAAGAUGUGACUAGGCUAUACGACCGAAGUUUGGUAAAGUUUGAUUCUAAUAAGACUUACACAGUUUGA